AAACACUUAGUGUCCGAUAAUAAGAGCAUCCGCAGACAGCAGACUCUCCACGAGCCUUUGUCACUAAAAACAAAGCGCCAGAGAGACUUUGCGUGAGGCUCCACGCAGUUUCUAUGAUGUCAAACACCCUGCAGAGGCGGAGAUGGUUCGGUCUGUAGUAGGUGGGACUGGAGCGGUCUGCAGCAGGACGUCGUAGAUCAAUGAACCGGACCGAGGCUCGCUCCAUCUGACGGGUAGAUGAUCAGGUACCUGAGCAGGACCGAGGCUCCUUUUUUACUCUAAUAGCAGCUUCACUAUGCGGAGGUUUUAAACCCGACCGACUAGUUCACAGGCUCCGCUCACCGCUUUGGAUUCCGUCUCUCCUCGGUGCGAUUUUCUAUUUUUUGGGGAAUUAAAAUAAUCUGUAACCUCCAGGAUGAUCUUUGCAAACACAGGCAACCCCCUGAAGACAGCCAGCCGUAAACAGUCGUACCCCAUGACUCCGUCCAGCCCCAGCAGCUCCAGCACCAGCAGCAGCAGCCUGGAGCAGCUCAGCAAGACCAACCUGUACAUCCGGGGGCUGCCGCCCGCCACCACGGACCUGGACCUGGUCAAGCUCUGCCACCAGUAUGGCAAGAUUCAGUCAGCAAAGGCAAUCCUGGACAAGACAACCAACAAAUGUAAAGGUUACGGCUUCGUGGACUUUGACAGCCCGGCGGCUGCUUUAAAGGCCGUCCACGCUCUGAAGACCAGCGGCAUCCAGGCCCAGAUGGCCAAGCAACAGGAGCAGGACCCGACCAACCUGUACAUCUCCAACCUGCCUCUGGCGGUGGACGAGAAGGAGCUGGAGAACAUGCUGCAGCCCUUCGGCCAGGUCGUGUCCACGCGGAUCCUCCGGGACUACAGCGGCAACAGCCGCGGCGUCGGCUUCGCCAGGAUGGACACCACAGAGCAGUGUAACGCCGUCAUCUCCCACUUCAACGGGAAGUUUAUCAAGAUAGCUUCUGGAGCUCUGGCUCCCUCUCAGCCUCUGCUCUGUAAGUUUGCAGACAGUCAAAGGAAGAAACAUGCUCACAGCGGGUUUGUUCCCAACGGGCAGACGGGAGACCUCAGACUAGGUGCAAUGACUCUGACCUAUGACCCCUCCUCAGCUGCUCUACAGAACGGGUACUACCCGUCUCCGUACCCAGUCAGCAACAGGAUCAUGACUGUGCAGCCGGCCAUGUCUCCCUACAUGUCUCCAGUCUCUGCCUACCAGGUCCAGAGUCAUUCUUGGGUGGCACAUCAACCGUAUAUCAUGCAACACCCGGCUGCUGUGAUGUCUCCCUCUGUGGACCCCUCCAUGUCACUGCACCCUUCAGCCAUGAUUACUCAGCAGAUGGGCCAGCUGUCACUGGGGAACUCUGGAGCGUAUAUUUCAGCCAACCCUGGUGUCCAGGGAGCUUACAUGCCUCAGUAUCCUCCCCUGCAGGCAGCAGCUGAAAACGGCACGCCACAACAAGUGGAUUCUUCCAACAACUCGUCUCCUUACAGUCAACUCAGCAAGUGAUCACAGAUUCCCGCUCUGUGGGCCAGAGGGCAGGUGAGAGGUUGCCGAUGACAUCACAGUGGUAACGGUCACCGCCUUCUCUGAUUGGACCAGAUACGUGAACUUUUUUGCACAGCCCCGACGUUUGUGGUGGGAAAUGAGGACAGUGUAAAUGGACUCAAGCAGUUGGCUAAUCACAGAAAGAAAGAAAGAAAAAAAGAUUUAUUUUGAUAAGAAACAACAUGCUCUUCUUUUUCUCUUUUUCAAGGAUUCUCAAUAAAUGCCAGAGGACCCCCCUCCCCUAUCCUCCCCCCCCUCCCCCAGUCCUCCCCAGUAUGAUGUGAUUUUAAAAUGCAUGAGAUUGAGAUAGUUUCUCCCCUCCCAAGGUUUUUAUGAUUUUAUAGUUCCUUUUUUUUGUGAAAAACCUUGCAAAACCUUGUUUGCACUGAAGUUUAAAGUUUCAGAAUGACUUCAUUUUGGUUUUCAAAGUCUCCACAGAAUAGCUCACAAAAUCAAUUAAUGUUCAACUGCACUAGACAGCUGACACAGGUGACCAUUUCAUUAGGAAAUUAUUGAAUUUAUUAUUGGAAAAGGUGCCUUCCUUACGUCACAUCAAACAUUCUCCAACAUUUUCUCAUCAAACUUGAUCAGGUGUCAUAUUUCUAUCUGAUUGAUCAAACGUGUGUGUGAAAUCAUGGAGGUUUCCUUCGAGUGUUUGGCUAUCGAGUCUUCUGGUAGCAAUAAAGACAAUGAGAGUCCCACGGCAAUACUGAGAGAAAACAGAACGCGGACAGACUCAGAGCAAGCUAAUUCCUUACUUUCCCUCUAUCCUUUUAUAAAAAAUCUUCAAGACGUGACAUGAAAAAUAAGAGCUGUACUUUUAUGAAAUUACAAGUUUUACAGCCAACAUCUUUUCGGAGGGUUUUGUUUUUCUCUUGUGGUCAGUUCGACCAGUGAUCUACCUCAUGGUUCUGCCAGAGUCUGCUGGUGUUGUGGGGUUUGCAGGUAAAGCCCCUUGUUCACCAAAGUGGACAAAGCAGAACACAAGCCACGCUCAGGAGCUGGCUCAAUAGGACUUCUGCCCGUUUUGUCUCCCACAUGCAGCGUUUCUCUUCCUGGUCUGCAAAGAAACAAUGUACUUUGCUUCAUCUUGAUUUGUCAUUGCUUCUGUUCUGGUGUUUCUUUUUCUCAACAUGAUGAGCGUUGUUCGGUUGUGAGGCUCCAUUUUAGAGAUUCAAGCUCAGACGGCUGCAGCUUCUUCUUGAAUAGUUGGUUUACAGUGUGCUUUGAAACAAAUGAAUGCAGGCUACGAGCAUUUAUUCUGUACAUUCUUCUGCCUUUGCCAUUUUAGACAGAUGUUAGAAAACUCACCACUUUCCCUUACCUUUUCUCUUUUUCUUUAAGUAUGGGUUACACUACUGUAAAGCUCUCCGAAAAUAACGAUGACAAUUAGCCAAAGUUUGGUCAUUUGGUCGUACAGCAGCUCAAUAGUGUACAUGCCAAACAAUUUGGAUCUCAAAUUUUGCCUCAUGCGAAAUAAAUGCAACAAUCAUGUGUGAAGAAGUAAAAAACGGCAGUAUUUCAUAAGAAUUAUGAAAUCGCAUGACCAACAGCGUGUUUCAAAUGCUGGCUCGUUCAGAAUAAGAUUUGUAAAUUAUAUGCAUUCAGGGCCAAAAGUGGAAAAUAAGCGAGGUUUAUUGUUUGCUUUGCUUUUUUUCUUUAAAUUGAUGAUUUCUAGUGUAAGAACGUUCCACUACAUGAGACAGAAAUGGUCAGAGCUGAAUGGUCGCGGUGCUUUUCCCCGAUCAAUAGUACUGUAGCAGUAAUGCUCAUCUUCUGACAGUACGAGCAGUAACCUGCUGUUACUGGCCGUACUGUCACAUUCUGAACAUUUGCUGCUGGAAAAAAUGUAAAAAUGAAAAAAAAAAAAAUCUUGUACAUGUUCUCCUCAUUGCUUCCCCGUCACCUUCAACUGAUUCUCAAACAAUCUUCUCCUUGCUCUCUCCUUUGAAAACAUUGGAAUAAAACAAUGCUGAAUAAAAGGCUCUUCUCUUUCUCA